CGCACGCGCCGCGCCGGAGGUUCCGGAUGCGUAUCUCUGAGAAAUGAGAUGGAGAAGUACGAGCGGAUCCGAGUGGUGGGGAGAGGUGCCUUCGGGAUUGUGCACCUGUGCCUGCGCAAGGCUGACCAGAAGCUGGUCAUCAUCAAACAGAUCCCAGUGGAACAGAUGACCAAGGAAGAACGGCAGGCAGCCCAGAAUGAGUGCCAAGUGCUCAAGCUGCUCAACCACCCCAAUGUCAUUGAAUACUAUGAGAACUUCCUAGAGGACAAGGCUCUCAUGAUUGCCAUGGAAUAUGCACCAGGUGGCACCCUGGCUGAGUUCAUCCAAAAGCGCUGCAAUUCUCUGUUAGAGGAGGAGACCAUCCUGCACUUCUUUGUGCAGAUCCUGCUCGCGUUGCAUCAUGUGCACACCCACCUCAUUCUGCACCGGGACCUCAAGACCCAGAAUAUCCUUCUUGACAAACACCGCAUGGUUGUCAAGAUUGGUGACUUUGGCAUCUCCAAGAUCCUUAGCAGCAAAAGCAAGGCCUACACGGUGGUGGGUACUCCUUGCUACAUCUCCCCUGAGCUAUGUGAAGGCAAGCCUUAUAACCAGAAGAGCGACAUCUGGGCCCUGGGCUGUGUCCUGUAUGAGCUGGCCAGUCUCAAGAGGGCUUUCGAGGCUGCAAACCUGCCAGCACUGGUACUAAAGAUUAUGAGUGGCACCUUUGCACCCAUCUCUGACCGAUACAGCCCUGAGCUGCGCCAGCUGGUCCUGAGUCUACUGAGCCUGGAGCCUGCGCAGCGGCCACCACUGAGCCACAUCAUGGCACAGCCCCUCUGCAUCAGGGCCCUCCUCAACCUCCACACCGACGUGGGCAGCAUCCGAAUGAGGAGGGCAGAGAAGUCCCUGGGCCCAGGACCACCUGUUGUACCUGGCAGCACAGGGAGUAGGAGCAGCAGUGCCCGCUGCAGGGGUAUUCUCCGGGGACCUGUGAGGCCAGCCAUCCCACCACCACUGUCAUCAGUUUACGCAUGGGGUGGUGGGCUCAGCACCCCUCUGCGGCUGCCAAUGCUCAACACAGAGGUGAUCCAGGUGGCUGUAGGGCGCACACAGAAGGCCGGCAUCACACGCUCUGGGCGCCUCAUCCUAUGGGAGGCCCCACCUCUAGGAUCAAGUGGAGGUGCCCUCCUCCCUGGGGCAGUGGAGCAGCCCCAGCCCCAGUUCUUCUCACGUUUCCUGGAGGGCCAGUCGGGCGUGACCAUCAAGCACGUGGCCUGCGGGGACCUCUUCACGGCCUGCCUGACUGACCGAGGCAUCAUUAUGACCUUUGGCAGCGGCAGCAAUGGGUGCCUAGGCCAUGGGAGCCUCACUGACAUCAGCCAGCCCACCAUUGUGGAGGCCCUGCUGGGCUAUGAGAUGGUGCAGGUGGCCUGUGGGGCCUCUCACGUGCUGGCCCUGUCCACAGAGCGAGAACUAUUUGCUUGGGGCCGAGGAGAUAGAGGGAGGCUGGGACUAGGCACCAGGGAGUCUCAUAGCUGCCCCCAACAGGUGCCCAUGCCCCCAGGACAGGAAGCCCAAUGGGUUGUAUGUGGCAUUGACUCUUCCAUGAUCCUCACUGUGCGUGGCCGAGCCCUGGCCUGUGGGAGCAACAGGUUCAACAAGCUGGGUCUGGACCACUUCUCCCUGGGGGAGGAGGCUGAUCCCCAGCAGCAAGUAGAGGAGGCUCUGAGCUUCACACCAUUACGAUCUGCACCCCUGGACCAGGAACCUUUGCUGAUUGUGGACCUGGGCACUGCUCAUUCAGCUGCUGUGACUGCCUCAGGUGACUGCUACACUUUUGGCAGCAAUCAGCAUGGGCAGUUGGGGACCAAUGCCCGCCGGGGCAGCCGGGCACCCUGUCAGGUCCAAGGCCUUGAGGGAAUCAAGAUGGCAAUGGUGGCCUGUGGAGACGCCUUCACUGUAGCCAUUGGGGCAGAGGGUGAAGUGUACUCUUGGGGCAAAGGGGCCCGAGGUCGACUGGGAAGGAGGGAUGAGGAUGCUGGACUCCCUCGGCCAGUGCAGCUGGAUGAGAUGCACCCUUACACAGUGACUUCUGUAUCUUGUUGCCAUGGAAACACUCUUCUGGCUGUGCGCUGUGAGUUCCCUUUUUCCACCUUACCCACAAAAGGGUUAAUCCAGUUGCCUUCUGGUCCCCACCCCAUCCCUAGCAGUGAUAGCUCAAAUCACCAAAAGCAUCCUCAGCCCUCAGAUGAAUGAAAGCAGAAGCAGCAGGGUAAAACUUGAGCUUCCUGCUUGGGUGGGCAGGGGUGGAUUUCUUGGGCCACAUUUAAGGGCUGCCUCCACUGCUCCCCAGGGCUCACAUGCAUUCUAUUCUUACUGUCUAGGUCCACUGCACACUUGAUAGAUGGGGUCCAGACAUCAGGUCCCAGUGGGAGUGGAGUGGGUGAUGCUUGCUGGAGAUGCUGCCCUCUGGGAGGCUGCAGGGGUUCUCUUUGAUGCUUUUCCAGCUAUCACAGAUGAGCCAGUCCCCCCCGAGGCACCAGGAUGCACCUCUGAACCACCCUGAUACAGUAAUUCUUCUCUUCCUAAGUGUUCUGAAGAAGUGCCUCAGCACUUUGGAAUGGUGGGGAUGGGCUGGUGAAACUACUCUGCUUUUCGCCCUGGAUGGGGAAAUCUCAACCACUCUGGUUUCCCUGCCCCUCUUUACCCUGCUUACUCAUUCUUCCCUUAUGCAGUGUCCCCAAGUACAGCCUGGCUGGAGUUGGCAUUUAAGACUUAGAACACCUUUGGCAGAUGGUCUUUACAGCCUUGCUAAAAGAGGCAUCUGUGGCUUCACCCAGUUCCUGUCCUGUGUCUGGCCAGUUAGAAAAUGUCCUGGCCAGUUAGUUUAUGUCCCCUAAAAGGGGUUGAUGGCCUAUGAUCUCAGCUAUUACUGUAUGCUCCAUUGCUGAGGCAGGAGGAUCACAAGUUAAAGUCUAGCCUGGGCAGCUUAGUGAGACCUUGUCUCAAAAAAAAUUUUGUCACCAAUGGGAGAUCUGCACCAUGCUUCAGAGCAGGGCAAGUCAAGGCCUGCCUGUACAGGCCAUUAGUACUCCCUAGCCUUUGCAUGGCCUGGGGCAGGGAGGUCCAAGGGAUCCCAUCACCCCCUUUAUCCUGACCCAGGAUUUGGAUAGCCUCUGAGAACCUUCCUUCUCCUGCCAGUCUCGAAGUGGCUGCAGAGAGGAUCCUUGUCUAGGUUGCCCAGACCCACGUUUGGGGUUAAGGUAGCUAGCAAGACCAGACCAGUUUUUCAGAGGAUUGAAAGUAGCGCUAAUAAAAAAUAGCAACUGCA